AUGGAUCCUGUUAUGCGUCGUUCGCGUUCUGCUGGGCCUGCUCCUGCUUUGUUAGAUGGUCGUGAAGUGGCCCGCAGUCAUGAGAUGCAGUCAAGCGUGACCGCUCGCAGUCAAGAGAUGCAGUCAAGCGCAGUGGCUCGCAGUCAUGAAAUGCAGUCUGUAAGCACACCACAUGCAUUUUGGAGUGAGCGAGCGCGGACAGAAUCCCAACUUCGGCAGAUGAGACCUGCAACUUUACCACCCUUGGAAGACUCAAGCGUUGCUGGGCAUGCGGGGGUAACGGUUCCAGUAGGUAAUCCAGUUAGUUAUGGUCCCGUUAGGCGCCCAACAGUUCCACAACCGUUGCCUUCGUCAGCCCUGGAUCGCGGGAGUAGGGAAGUUCAGCCGGUGGACGGUCUUCCAGCCGCCACGCCUUCUUCAUCAACUACGAUUAAACCAGAUAAAACAGAAGAAGAGUUGAUUCCAGACCAACCGGAACUGGGACGCUUGAGCCGCUUGGAAACUCUGUUGCAAACUAUGAUGGAAAGCCAAGCGCAAUUCCAAGCGCAACUAUCAGAGAGAAUGCAGAGAGUAGAAGAGAGAAGUUUUGGCUCGAUACAUUCUGGAAAGUCUGUAGAGACAGUGUCGCUGGGCAAGUUUGUUCCACAACAUCCUCCAGGUUUGCAGGCUCCGACGACAAGCAUUCCAUCAGACGUGGAUGUGCAAAGACCUUUGGAAUCUAGUGCGGUUAUUCUUGAAGGAAAGGAGUAUUAUCGGGAUGCAUUGGGAACCAUUUGGAAUUUCACAGCCGCUGGUGAGUGGGAGUGGGUUGAUGAGAAUCGAAUUCCAGUUGGGGCGGUGAUCUUUAACAUGGCGGAGUUAGAGGAGGGGAGCUUUGCAAGGGAUCGCGCGCUAGCUGCUCAUGAAGUCGUGGGUGCAUCUACUCCUGGUUUGAUGGUGCCACCAAAGAUCUCUAGCUCGGUGGAGGGGCAGGGGAUCCUGAGUGGCGCGAUACCGUCAGCAGCGAGGGUGGAUGUGCCACACAGGAACGCCAGCUCUUCAAUCGGGCCAGAGGUCUUUGAGGGCCCCGGGUCGCAAUCGUUGGGGCAAGUAGUUGGUAGUCUGAGUGGUAGUGCCAACCAAAAGCAUCCUGUACAGCCGUUUUUCCCUUUUCAGGAUUCUCGGGGUUCGGGUGGGAGUGGUGCUAGGGGUUCGGUUGCGGACAAUGCUCCAACCUUUGGUCAAUCACCCGGACGUCCUGCUCCUGCAACUUCGGUGUCUCGGGAUCACACAUCCAGUGAAGCAGCGGCUGGGGUCACCAUGAUUUCUGGGAUUCCUUACAAGUGGCGGGUGAUCAACGGUACUUUGGAUAUUUCUCCUGUGGCUUUAACUCCUGCUGCUUCUCCUCAUCCAGGUCCGUCGUCUUCUAUUCCGCAGGUGGCGAGUGGGAUGGGGCAUACCGUGGAGCGUCCAGAGGUGCUGGGCAAACAUGUCAUGUCGUUGCCAACUCUAUCGGAAUACAGCGCAUCAAAUCCUACAGCUUUGGGUGAUUGGUUGGCGAUUGUCAAGCCUACACUUUCUAGUUUGACAGAUUCGGGCCAUGUGUGGUGGGACUACACCUUUGAUCGAGCUUCGCGCGCGUACACUAAGUGGCUCUCGGUGUCACCAUUAGAGCGGCUUGGCAUCCAGGCGGAGUUAGAGAUGUAUGGUACGCACAUGCCACAGCACAUCUUAUUGGAACAACGGGCUUCAAUUCUCUUGCUCCAGGCGAUUCCUGAAGUUGUAAAGACAGAUAUUGUAGCCACAAGACGGAUGUCCCCUUCCCAGAUUCUCUUCAAACUCCUUACGGUAUACCAACCGGGCGGCGCCCAUGAGAGAGGCACAAUGUUGCAUUAUCUGGUGUCACCUACCUCGGCUACUUCAGUGCAGGAGGCGAUCAAGGGAGUCAGACAGUGGGUGCAAUGGAGGUCGCGAUUGAAAGAACUACAUGCAGCUGAACCGGAUGCUACACUUUUAGUGAAAGGUCUUGACACAAUGGUUUCUGCAGCUUUGGACAUCUUGAAGUCGCUUAAGUUGUCGCAAGGGUCUGGGGCAAACAGCGGGGGUGUUUCAGCCAAAAAGCUUGUGGUGGAUGAGGCCAUUGUGGGGCAGAAUGUGGGGUUGUUGGAUACCUGCGCUUCUCAUGCUAUUCGGACGCUGAGGGCAGGCGAACCUGUCCCAACAGAUUCUGUUGAAGUUGCAUUGGCCACUGGUUGCGCGCACAUGCUUAUCAAUUCGGUGGGAACAUUGGUUACUCGUGAAACUGUUUGCCCUGUAGUUCCUUUUCAUCUUGCUCAUUCGCAUCUUCAUGUGGACUUUGAUGUGAUUGACGGUCGGUGCACGGUUGUACAUCCUCAGAAGGGUGACUUGAAAGCCCAAGUCCUUGAUGGCCGCAUUGUGAUCGAUCGCCAGGUGGCUUUAGACAUGAUUGCGGACUUGGAAACGGCGUUGGGGGAUGCAGCAGCUAGGGGGGGGUCAGGGUCUUCAAUUGACGACCUUCUGCAAGGAACUGCUGCUUCUAAGGCUAUCGCUGGAUCUGAAGAGGACGUGGUAUCUGGUUUUCUCAAUGUUGCUCGGGUGGAUGGGGUCCAUGACCGUACACAAGGUGUGGGUUUGCUUGAUUCUGGGGCUUCGCAUCCUUUGAGAUCCUUGCGUCCGGGGGAGCCGUUACCAACAAAAAGGGUGACUGUGGCUUUGGCUUUGGGCAAGAAGGAAAUGAUGCUCACGGAUGGUGGUACUCUAGUUACAAGCGAGCGGGUGGAUCCUUUGGUUCCGAUUGGCAAGGCUAGCGAAUUGGUUGGUCUUCAGGUUCGUUGGCGCAAAGGAAAGUGUACGGCUACGCAUCCAAUACUGGGCCCUCUGGAAGUUGAGACGGUCAAUGGUUGUCCUUGCAUUGCUGAGGCGGUUGCUCUACGAAUCAUUGAUGAAAUGGAGCAAAAGGGGGUUGCUCACAUGUUGCAGUCUGUACGUGCGCUUCAAGGGUGUCCAUCUGCAGACACGGAACAUUCAGUACGUGAGUGUCUUCAUGGUGCUAUGCGUAGUGGAAAUCAAGAUGACUUUAUUCAGGCAUGCUGGCGUUGGUUGCGUUGGUACUAUCCUGAUGUCCCGGAAUCGAUGCUUGUGGAUCUUCUUCCUGCCUCGGGAGUGGGGGAGUUGCUUUACAAUCGUCACAAAAGACGGCGAUUAAAGAAAACCAGACGCGUCAUCGUUCAUCUGCACUCAGGCGGUCCGCGAUUGCACUUACCAAGUAGUUGUGGCGAAGUUCUAGAAGUGGAUUUUCGUACUGACCUUCAUUCUUCUUCCGUGUGGACGUACAUCCUCUCACUGGCAAUUGAGGGCAAGGUCGUUGCAGUGGUAGGUGGCCCGCCAUGUGAGACUGUGGCUCAGUUCAGGGGUGUUGAGGACGGUGGACCACCAGUGCUACGAGGGAGGUGUGGUGAGGGGCGUUUCUGGAAGGAUGGGCUCAGCUAUUCAAGUGAGGAACUGGCUAAGAAAGACGGCCUACUGUUUUUGAAGGUGCUAUUCCUGUUUGAGACAGCUGUUCAGGCACGAAAAGCUUUGUCAUUGGAGCAAUCCUCUUCGGUACAUGCUGGUGUGUUUUUCGCAUUGGAGAGUCCGCAAGAUCCAGAAUUUGUGGGGCAAAAGUUUUCUCAGAUUGGUUGUUCAGUUAUGUGCAGGGAAGAUGUUGCAGAAGACGGUCAACCCAGCCUAGCUUCUCCAACAUUUUUCGCAUGGCCAGAGGUGCGAUCUUUCAGGACUCGGUACAACCUUCUUGCAGCACAUUGUGAUCAGGGUGCUUUGGGUCAUUAUAUGGUUUUGCAGGAAGACUUGGAGGUGGAAAUCCCGUCGGGUGACAGUCCGCGUGCGUGCAUUGCAAAACCCUGUUACACUGAUGACAUCGCAAAAAGUGAGGAGUUAGCGCGUGAGUGGUUGGAGCAGAAGAAGUUUUCACCACAAGAGUGUUUGGAACUUUUGGAGUCUGUGGGGUUGGAUUUUCGUGCGAAUCGGAGAGGCGACAUUCACUGCAAUGAGGAUCGCAUUCAAGCUGUGACUCUGGGACAGUAUGUUCGUGGACAUAUGUGCGGCGUGACCAAUGCUGCAAAACAUAGGCCCAUGUUCGUCAAGUACUUGGUGAGCUUUGUUCGCGAACACAACCCAGAUGUGGUAUUCUCAUCGGUUUAUCUCUCGUGUAACACUGCCGUGGGAGUCCAUAGAGAUCGUCACAACGAUUACUCGUGCAACAAUGUCAUCUGUGCUCUUGGCGAGUUUACGGGUGGAGAAUUGUGGGUGCAAGAUGAUGGUAUCUCUAGGGAGGAUCAAUCUGCAGUGGAGCUGGAGGAUUGGAGAGAAGCAUUGUCAGAUGAGGUUAACAAUCUCAUCACGGAGCUGCAGGUCGUAGAACGGACUACGGAGCAACAACUUGCGGAGAUGGCGUGUCAAGUGAGGCAAGCCGCGGAGGAAGAGUGGUUUCUAGCUGGUCUAGAUAUAUCCAAGGCUUUUCUGACAGCACCAAUGAGCCAAGUUCAGCGGCAGGGUCGGCUAAUCAUUGUGCAACCGCCUAAAGCAGCGGUGAAGCUUGGACUUGCUUCGCCAUCCGAGCGGUGGGUGGUGCGAAAAGCUUUGUACGGCUUGGCGGAAAGCCCAGCUGCGUGGGUGGAGUGGAGAGACACGAGGCUUUUACAGAUGCGUUGGCAGACGGAUGGUUUGGACAUGAGGUUCAAAAAGUCAGAGGUUGAUCCCAGCUUGUACCUGCUCAUCGCGACGGACUCCGACGGCAAAGAGAGUGUCAAAGGCACUUUGGGACUAUACGUUGACGACUUUUUGUUAGCCGGGAGUAUGUCCAUAAUCACAGAUGCCAUCCAACAGAUUCGCGCUGAAUGGAAAACUUCUGAACCAGAGUUCUGCGGAAGAGGUCAUGACGACAAACCGUUGAAAUUUCUGGGUAUCCAAAUCUUUUGGAAUGAUGGCGGCAUUGGUGGUGCUGGGCCAAUGAGCAAGGAGGCGCCGCCUGACGAGCCGGAGGAAGUGUCUGUUGAGGCGCUACGAAAAGCACAGGCAGCCGUAGGAGAGCUGUUAUGGCUGGCAUUGAAGUCUAGAGCAGAUCUGGCUUUUUGCACAAGCCAGCUUUCUGUGUGGUGUACUCGCUAUCCGCGUUUUGUUGCAAGAAAGGCAGAUGAAGUGUUUCAUUACUUGAGUAGGACGGUCACACUGGGCCUAAAGUAUUCGAAGGUGGAUCCUAUGUCUUUGGGUGGUGAUUCACAGCUUCGUUUCAAAAGGAGUGUCACAGUCUUGGAAGCUUAUACGGACGCAUCGUUUGCUGCGGGAUGUGAAGGUGAAGAAACGGCGAGAUCACACAGUGGAGCUGUGGUCGUAUGGGCCGACAGCCCAGUCAUGUGGAUGACGCAGCGCCAAACCACGAUAGCACUGAGCACAGCGGAAGCUGAGCUCAACGCUGCCCUGGAAGGAACAACUAUGCUACAAUCUGUCGCGCCUAUCGUUUCUAUGCUUUUGGGGAUCAAUGAAGAUGGCCUUUCCAAAGCGCUAUACAUUGAUUCCGUUUCCGCAUGCUCGAUCAUUUCAGUUGUCGCUGGCGCAUGGCGAACACGUCACUUGCGAAUCCGAGCAGCCGGUUUGCGGUCUUUGCUAAACAGUGGGUACCUGGUGGUGGCACACUUGAAAGGUGAGCACAUGCUAGCUGAUAUGCUGACCAAGUUGAUGAACGGAGCAAUCUUUGUCAACCUCAAGCAGAUGUGGCAGAUGACGACUGCUCCUAGCACGCAUUUGGUUUCUGAUGCAGCACGUGCAGCGGCCGCCGCCGUGGCCAUCCUCGUGGCUACUAUGUUGCAAGGCUACGAACUGGUGCAAGCAACUUCUUCGACUUCUUCGAUGACUACGUCUUUAACAACGCGAUGGUUUGAUCGAGCGGAUAUCGGAUUUCUUCUGGUAUUGGUUUUCGUCAUGGUCGCAGUCCACAAGGUCGUUUCGGCGGUGUUUCGAAGUGGCAUGAUCCGCAGUUGGUGGUGA